GAGGGGGCAGCGCGGCCGCUCGCUCUGCCCCGGCGCCCGCCUGCCUUCCCUCCUCUCGCCGCCUCGCCGCAGCCCGGGCUCCGCCGAGUUAAAGCGCGGAUCAGGUUCCUUGCCUGCAGUAUAAAAAUCUCGGCCGGAAAGCUCCGGCGGGAGAGAGAGCAGAGCCGGGCGUGAGGAGCGCAGGGACGCGCGGCGGCACAGGCAGUCGCUGCUCACCGGGGACGGUCGCGGCUCGCCCCUUUCAGCUGCGGGAGAGGAGCUCUUUGCCGCCCCAAAAUGCAACAGCAACAACAACGUCGAAUGUUCACAGCUGCCCUCCUGGCACUCUUUUUCCUUCUGGCAGCUGUGAGUACCACUGAGGCUGGCAAGAAAGAGAAACCAGAGAAAAAGGCGAAGAAGUCUGACUGUGGGGAGUGGCAGUGGAGUGUCUGCGUGCCCACCAGCGGUGACUGUGGCCUGGGGACACGUGAGGGCACCCGCACUGGAGCUGAGUGCAAACAAACCACCAAGACCCAGAAGUGUAAGAUUCCCUGCAACUGGAAGAAGCAAUUUGGAGCGGAAUGCAAAUACCAGUUCCAGGCCUGGGGAGAAUGUGACUUGAACACGGCCUUGAAGACUCGGACUGGGAACCUAAAGAGAGCCCUUCAUAAUGCUGACUGCCAGAAGACUGUCACAAUCUCAAAGCCCUGUGGGAAGCUUACCAAACCCAAACCUCAAGAAUCCAAGAAGAAGAAAAAGGAAGGCAAGAAACAAGAGAAGAUGCUGGAUUAAUGGAGUCAGCUUGGGCAAUGUGAGAAAGGGACAUCAGCAAACAUGAUCAGUUAACAGUUUCAUUUAUACCUAGGCAUUUUAUCCUAAAAUUAUUUAUAGCUUAAUGGUACCAUAGAAGGAAAAAGCAAACACAGAAAAAAAAUUCUUUUUUUUAUUACUUUAGUAUUUUUAAUGUAUAAUCCUAACAACAAUUUUUAGAGGCCUAUAAUAAAGGACUCCAAACUCAUUUAGAAAAUUAUGUCUAUUGUAUAUUGAACAAUGUAGAGGUUUUUAAUUUUUUUUUUAAUCAAGUCUUGCCAUAGGUCUCAAUUUGGUAAUUAGUCCAUGCAAGCAGAACCUGAGCCUGUGUGGGGCUCUGCUGAAGCCAGUGGUACCCUGUGUGAACAUAGCACUCUGGCUGGAUGCAUUUAUAUUUCAUAUUGGGACCUUAUAUCUGAAAAAUUGAGGCCUGUUUCUUAAUAUCUGAUUACAUCUGCAUAACUGUAUGAAACUGUUUGUUUAAGGAAAGGAUGGGGGCAUUUUGUUGAGUAUUUACAAGUAUGAGAUUUUCUUGGAUGUGUGCUUUAUGUUCAUUCCAAAAUGUCACCAUCUACAGGUAAAAACCAGUAACACUCCUUUCCUUAUCCAUAUUUUGAAUGUUGGCAGUAAAUCUAAAAUCUUUCAACUGGACGUAAGAGUCCUAUUUUUUCAUGAUUUUCUAGCAACAAUUUUUCAAAGUGGAAUGAUGACAAAACUUUCCACUUUUCAGCCUAUUAGUGAUGGUAGUGUCCUCCAUUUCACCUAUCAAAGCUGAAAAAUGCUGUAAUUUACUUGCUCAUUUUGACAGAAGGGGGAAAAUAAUUUUCAUAAAAGAUCUAGUUGAAAUUAUUGUGAUUCUGCCUAACCCAUCUCUCUUUUGUAUCAGUGGCAAUAUUCCUGUUGAUUUUAAAUAUAGCUGGUUAAAAAAUAGUAUAUCUGGUGGGAAAUAAAAGAAGAAAUCUGUUUGGAAACCACCAGAGGUAGUUCAUAUUUUUGACCAAAAAAGAGACAAUUUGUGGGACCUGAAGCCAAUAGGAAUUAAAUAAUUUCUGGUUUAUCUUUUAGUAAAACAGAAGGGAAAUACAAAACCAGUAUAUUUUGCUUUCUUCCAUUUUUAUAUAAGCAAAAUACCUUGGGAAAAGCUCAGUCAACAUAAAAUUAGUUGUGAUUUUUUUUUUUUAAAUGUACCUUGCAGGGGAAAAAAAAGAGAAAAAUUACAACCAGCUGUUUUUCAGUUUGUUCAGUUUUACCUAAUUUAAAUGAUUCUGAAUCCUGAGGGAAGUCACAAAGUAGAAAAAAGAUCUGACAAAUGGCUGGUCUGUCUCAAAGUAAAGGGCUGUUUAACAAACUGACAACAAGCAGACCAAAAUUUCUAGAGGAAAUAUAAGGGAUUUCAGUACCCAAAUUAAGUUAAAAUUCAUUGCUUCGGAAUUCUAAAUCCUAAAAUUCAACAGCAAGAAAUAACUUUGCUGUUUGUGGAGGCUGCAGGCUUGCCUGCUGGUCAAGAGGAAUAGUCUUCCCUGUACUCCUGCAUGAUACCCACUGACUUCAGUGAAGCUGCAGCAGGCCGUGUUCAUCUGAGUAAAUCACAUUUCUCUCUUGGGAUUAGCUUCUAGACAAGCAGAGAGUAUUUUUUUUUUUUUUUUUUUCAUACUAACAUCACUCCCCUUUUCUAUGUGAAAAAAAUUGUAACAAUUGUAGAGCUUGCCCUCUUUUUUCUCACAUGGAGGGUACAGCUGAUCUGGACUCACGGUGAGGCAAGUGCUUCUGUUCCCAAACACUCCUGAAGCCUCCUAGCCAAGGCUGCACAUAGCUUAAGGUAGACUAGCCUCACAAUUAUUUCCCAGAUUCCUUGGGUAUGUUUUGCAGUCUGUGUUGAUGUCCUUGUUAUUUUGACCAUGCCGUUAGACAUACCUGAGCCUGUGGUAUAGUUAAAAAUGUCCCCCACACGUGGUGGAGGUGCAAUGACCAAAUGUAAAAUCAUAAAGGCUCAUAUUUAGGUGGUUCUGGGUGCUAUUUGGUUUAUUUAUGGUCUAAUCAGGUCUACCUGUGCUUGUGCCUCAGACUUAAAUUAAUGGUUUGGUAGGUCUGGUUGAAAGCAAAGGGAGAAGGAAACUUUUUUCUCUCACCAAAGGUUUGUCUGUCUACAUGCUGCAUCAGUUCACUUGAAGUGGCUCAACUUUGAGUGCCAACACUGUUGCACCAUUGUCUCACACUGGUUAAUCUAGUCCAUGUUUCAUAGGGAGCUGUCAGGAACUGGGAAUGAUGUUAAGACCAACACUUUGAUUGUCCUUUAGCAAAUCUUAGAUGUGACUUCUUAUUUCCACCUCCGUGAGUAUAAAUAAAAUUAAUUCCCCUGUGUUUCUUCUGAUGCUUGAUGGUCCUUUCAUUUAGCUGCCCAUCUGGCUCAUUUGAGAAACAUUCCUAAUAGAUUUUGAAGGAAGCCAGCCAUGUUCCUGUGGUGGCAUAGGGCCAUCACGGGGAGGGGUUAUAGAAAACAAGGAAACAAAACAAAAGAUAUCAUGUUAGGACCAGAAGAAAAUUCAGCAAAGGGUGUGAAAUAGGAGAACAUUUCUUAUGUACGACUCAUCCACAUAUGUUUGGAUCUAUAUUGGCAUCUUAUUGUUGACAACAAUUGAAAUAAUAGUUUAUAAACCUAAAAUGAAGAAAAUUUCCAAUAAGCCAGAAGAAAAUAUUCAGAGAAAAGUCUACCUAUGCAGAAGGUGAUAAAGUAAUUUAUGGCAGAACACAGAGGAAGAUUGAAUAAGUCAGGUCAGCUCUAAAAGGAGGCUUGCAGUACUUAAAUGGACCCCUUGUUUCACUAGUGACAUUAUCAAGAAAGCAAAAGGCAAGAUUCUGAGUGAAACCUCUUCCCACCCAUCUUGAUCAGUUUCUAUUUCAGUCAUUCUGAAGCUUCUCCCUAUUUGCUUUCUAAUCUUCUACCCUCCCUGCUUUGGGAGAGCAAGCUGGUCUGACAGUGCUGUGGGAGCAGCUACUUCAGAUGAAAUACAUGUUUACCCUCUUGGUGCUAUCCUAUUACAGUGAAAAAAUGACUUAGUAUAGAUGUGUUGCUUACCUAGUUGAAUGGACAGAAAUUUCCUUCAUGAAUGUCCCUCUUGAGGAGUGGUUUACAUCUUCAUUUGCUACAGCUGUAAUGGAGUAUGGGGAGGUGAUAAAAAUCCCCCAAAUGACAGCCUUUUUCUGAGCGCUUAAAUAUAUUAUAAAAGAGAUGGGUGAGUUGCUGAACAUCAGCUUUGCAUGAAUCUGCAUCCAGAUUCUGCACUCCAGUGAGUUUAAACCUGAAUGUAUUUGUGUGUAUUUGGGUAUAUCUCCCUUCUCUUUCUCUAAGCUGAGACAAUGCUGCUUUCAGUUAAGCCUGUCUAUAUCUUGAUUUAAAACAGUAUUUGAGGACUGGGACAUUUUCUGUCUUAGAUAUGUCUUCUGACAGAAAUUCCCAUAGUGAAUGAGAGUCAUUGCUUGUCAUCCUGGCCUAUUUAACAGUCUGUUAAAUGCAGCAAAACUUCUGGGCAAGGCUCCAGAAAGGGAAAAUGUUUGUUGUACAUGCAGGUAGAAACUAAAUUGUAAUUUACUGAUUUUCAUCUUCUAAUUCCAUAAUGACAUUCUGGGCUGAAUUGCUUUUCAAAGGAGAAAAGUUAGAAGAAAUGAAAGAAUAACAGUUAUAAAAUGUAUAAGCAGGCCACUUUGGAGAGUUGGUGAAGAAGAGACAGGAAGUCAGGAGCAUUUUAUACAAAUUUAUAUUGCCUGUUCCUUACAUGCAGAAGACAGAACUACUGGUUGACACAUGUUUUUAUGCUUUCCUGGAUUUGUGCCUUAAUUAAAAUGAAUCAGAUGUAAAGUGUUACAGAGAAGUAAAGUCCCACUUCAGCCUCAAAAGAAAGAGUUCAAGUGGAGACAAACUCAAAAGGAGAAAACAGUGUACAGGCUAAUGUCAAUGUUGAGGGUGGGACAACAACCUAAUUUUCCCUCAAGUCUAGGAACUGCAGCAACAUUAACAACGUAAACUCACCACUUUUCUAAAGCAGUAUAUUGGUGAGAUGGAAACCAUUUUGAUAUCCCACAGCAGUGGGAUUUUAUGUCUCUGCAUGGAAAAUGUUUCCCAUUUGGGAGACAUUUCAUGUAUCUCAAAUCCUACUAAGGGGAAACUAUGUAAAUGAGGGUAGGUGUCUUGUAUUCAGUCCAUUUUAAUUCUCUAGGACAGCACUUCUCUGAAGUUGAGACUGAGUUCUCUCCUUUGUAGAGACAGAUUAUACCUGUUGCCUGCCUUCCCACACUUAUCCAUAAUUUUGAUGGCAUUUAUUCUGCCAAUUCUGCUAAGGCAUUCUACUUCUCAGUUAAUCUUCUGUGGAUGUUGCUGAUCUUUCCUCAUCCUUGAGACUAUAUUUUCCAUUUCUUCCUGGAUUGUUGCAAAACACACCCAGGAAGCCCAUGCCACAAAUUUCCUUCACCUGUGUCCUUUUGAAAUUAAGACACAGUAGCAAUUUUUUAAUCACUGUAUGCCAGUGAACAAGGAAGUAUGAUAAUGAGCAGAGAGAGUCCCUGGAUUUACUGGGAAGAUAGAUUGCUGGUAAAACUUUCCUCAUAACUUGACCUUGUCGUGGCUUCUCAGGGGACAGAAAUGAUUAAAAGAUCAUCUCAAAAAUUGAUGCAGGAGUGUCUGUCUUCAAACAAAAAAACCCACAGAAAACCACCUUAACUAGAUAAAUAGCGGCAAGCAGUUGUAUCCUUUUCCACUGUCCUCUUUUAUCAUCAAAUUAUUGUGGUGCAUAGAGUUUCAGGGAUGGUGAAAGACUUGCCUGAGCAGCUGUAGAACAUGCAGAGAGCCUCUUCCACCCAUGGGUGUUUGCAUUUGGAGAAGAUGUAGGUAGUGUCAUUCAUAGCAGCAUCAAACUUUGCUUUUGGACCAAAACUAAACAAUGCUGAAAUCGAGUCGUUUUCCUAAUGGCUCCUUUCUGCCACACUUCACAAAUGGCUGUCUGUCUUGUGGCCUCAGCACUCUGAACUGAGCAUGAGAAUUCAACUAUAUUCAACUAUUAUUAUCUCAUUAAGUAUCUUGUAGUCUUUAAACCACUUGGCUUUGAGUGAGUUGUAUAGGUAAAAGAUGUACCUACAGAUUUGACUCCUUUCUUGAAAAAACUGUGAUAACCAAAAAAAGAAAAAACAAAACAAAACAAAACAAA